UUACUGCUGAGCUGGCAGUUAACACCAUAUAUACAUGAUUAUUCUUUACUGUUUGGGAGUUGGCAGUAUCUCUUCUGCGACUCCGUGUCCUCAUCACCUAAGCUUGCUCAGUCAGAAGCCACUAGUGAGAGUUCCUCUUAAAUUUCCUUUACAGAGUGUGAAGAUCAAACAGGGCCAAAAUGUCUGAGGGAAAGAAAAUGACAUCAAGCCGCAGGCAUCAAUUGAAGAGCUUAAUGCUGCAGAUUGCUACCAGAAUGCUUGAGGAGGAGAAGAAGGAAAUUGCAGCAGCAAAAGAGGCCUAUAUGGCUGAGAACUGCCCCCCGCCUGACCUCAGUGGAGACGUGAAUGCCCUCAUGGAAGUGUGCAAGAAGCUCCAUCAGGCCAUUGACAAAAUUGAUGAGGCGAGAUACGACACAGAAGCAAAAGUUCUGAAAGUGGACAAAGAGAUCCAGGAUUUGAAGCUGAAGGUUGUUGAUCUGGCCGGAGUGAAGAAGCCUGCUCUGAAGAAAGUGCGUAUGUCAGCUGAUGCCAUGCUUAAGGCUCUACUGGGCUCCAAACACACAGUCAACAUGGACCUCAGGGCCAACCUGAAGCAGGUCAAGAAGGAGACCAAAGAGGAGACAACAGAGGCGGUCGGUGAUUGGCGUAAAAACAUUGAAGACAAGGCCGACAGGAAGAAGAUGUUCGAAUCGUCUUAAAAUUCUUCAGGCUCUGUGAGGAUGAUGCCAGGGGAGGCAGGUCUGACUGACUGAGCUCAUCUCUUUGGCCCUCGGAUGCAUUCAGGGCCAAGAGUUAGGACACUGACUUACUUUGUGUUACUGUUUCUGAGCAUUCUGUACAGCAGUCAGAAGGAUGUUACAUCAUCAGGAAGCAUUGUUUAUGUGGUUAAACCUGUUUUCUUAAAAAACAUCACAGAAUGUACUGGUUUUCUCAAAAGCGGUAGAAAUAAAUAUGUCGAAAAAUAA